AUGGCAGACAACAGAGUGUUCGACUCCAUAACAAAGACCGAAGAGCCUAAGAUUCCCACAGACACCGAAGAGCCUGAAGCUCCCACAGACAUCGAAGAAGCUGAAACUCCUACAGACACUGAAGAAGGUCAGUCAGACUGUGGAAGCGAGGAUUCUGAUCAGUCAAAGGAUGCGUGGAAGAAAGAGCUUCGCGAAUUGGAGAUGGACAAUCACGACCAACUCAACGACUGGUUUGAGCUUUGCUGCCCCGAUUACGACUUGAUCGAGGUGCUCUUGAAGGAAAAUCGGAAGACCAUUCACAUCGAAGAGGACCGCCGCUUUUUCCGUCGACUGAGAGACGCUCUCAAAUUCCACGUCCAGGAUCUCGAGGAAAAUUACGAAUGUAUCCACAACAUUAUUGACCGCGAGGUUAAGAGGGUACAGAAACUAGGCGACGAGGCCGAGGAGAGGUUCGAGGAAGCAGCCGCUGAUCUGCUUCGCAAGCCGUUCCCGCUUCCACCUCGGGCUCGCGAAAUCUGUGCGAAUCUACUCCGGGACGGCCACGACUAUCUGGCGGUGACUGACUUUGUCUGCGAGGUCUUGCCGAUCCUGGUGGACAAGCUCAACUCUUCGACGGAAGCGAAUCACACGACCACCGAAGCGGACACUGAGGCACCAAGCAGCGAUGGCGUUUCACCAGGUUCCAAGCGCAAAAUAACGGCUGACGAUGACAACAAGGAAUCCCUCUUGACUACGAAGAGUAGCGCAAAUGAGGAGCACGCUGUGAAGAAGAUGAAACGUACCCAGCCCCCCGAGGCAGGCGCACCAGAUGAAGGCGGCCUUCUCCCAGAGCCCCGCCCGGCAGAAUAUCCGCAGUGUGCAGACGGGAAUCGUUACUGGUAG